GAACGUCACUCUCUCUCCGUUAUAAAGGACGUCAGGUUCCCCUGACCGCUUUACAGUACCAAACAACCACCCGUGCUGCUGGUCACUGACGGAUUAUUCCUUCAUCACUGCCGUCGCACAACGUUGAGAAUCAUGAGAGUCCUGGUGGUGGCACUGUGCGCACUGGCGUCCGUCUGCUCCGGUGCGGUCGUAAAAAGCGAGAACCGCAGCGGUAGCCUCGUCUUCUACACGGUACCCGCGUACCCAAACACCGUACAGGGACAUCCAGGAGUCGUCUAUCAACAACCAGAGUACGUCCAGCAGCCGGGCGUCGUUUUCCAACAACCGGGUUACGUCCAGCAACAACCUGGAGUCGUCCUCCUCCAACAACCGGGUGUUGUCCUCCAGCAACCUGGGUUUGUCCAACCAAGGGGACUCCAGCCAGGUGCAGGAAAGCCACCACCGCCAACUGCUGAGCCGGGCACUGUCGUAGAAGUUCCCCCGGUCGUCAGCCGACGCGGCCUGGAUGAUGGGGUACCUAGGCUCGUGCCUGUUGGACCUGGAGGGUACUAUCCACCCACGGUGCUUGUCCCUCGAGCAGCACACCCAGGGGCACAGCCAGGGGCAUACCCAGGGGCGUACCCAGGGACGUACCCCGGCCUAAUCCCCGUCCUCAUUUACAGACAACCCCAGCCACCCGUCUUAACCGUGUACCCCACUCACCCCGGCCAACCCCAGUUUCCUCCCGUCCCGGUACCUCCCGCGAAGCCCGUAGAUGACAAACCAGAGCGCAAGCCGAAGCACGUUCCAGACGUCGAUUCUGGACACAAGGAAACGGAAGGAGCCGCUAAGAAACCCCCGAUAGUUCAAAUGGAAACCCCGGAAGGGAGAAGUGGUGCUGCCAACCCCGGUACCGCCCUGAAGCCCGACGAACUUCACACGAGUGAGGGAAAGUCAAUGGAGAGGCUACACGAUGCGGGUCACCAUGACGUCGAUCACAAGGACGAUGAGCAUAAGGACGCUGACAAGAAUGAAGAGUAGGAAGACAUCAACAAUGCUGAGAGACGAGGCCGGUCGGACUGAGCUUGUUUUCAGCUCGAGACUGUGUCGACAAUGAGAUCUCUCUUGUACAUAGUUAAAAGUGACGUGAUUGUGUUGUACAGAACUGUAAAAUAUAUUUUGUGACUUAAUUGAAAUAUCA